GCCUUAAAAAGCGCGCGGGUAACUAACACGCGCCUCUCUAGUCUUCUCUGCUCCUCAUCUCCACAAUUGCUUACUCCAAUCUCCGAUUCCCAUCUCUCCCUUUCUCUAUGGCCAAGCGAUCCAAACCCCAGACCCAGAUUCCCGAAAACCCCUCAACUUCAUCCAAAAUCCCAUUCCGACCCCAAAAAAUCCUAAAACUCACCACCACCACCACCACCAAGCUCACCAUCCAAACUUCCCCGGAAAUCCCCAAAAUUCUAAACCCAUUAACCUCCAAUUCCGAAAUUACCCUCGCCCUAAAUCACUUACGGAGCUCCGACCCGAAACUUGCGUCCCUGAUCGACUCCUACACCCCGCCGUCCUUCGAUUCCGACCGCCCGCCCUUCCAAUCCCUCGCGCGAAGCAUUCUCUACCAGCAGCUCGCCACCAAGGCCGCCCAGUCGAUCUACACGCGCUUCGUCACGCUCUGCGGCGGCGAGUCGUCGAUUCUCCCCAAAACUCUCCUCAAUCUCUCCCCCCAGACUCUCCGGCAAAUCGGAGUUUCGGGCCGGAAGGCGUCUUAUCUCCAUGACUUGGCUGAGAAGUUUAGUGAUGGGACUUUGUCGGAUUCGGGGAUUAAGGAAAUGGACGACGAGUCGUUGCUGACGAUGCUGACGGUGGUGAAGGGGAUUGGGGCGUGGUCGGUGCAUAUGUUCAUGAUAUUUUCGCUUAAACGACCUGACGUUCUUCCGGUGGGGGAUUUGGGUGUGAGGAAAGGAGUCAAGAUGUUGUAUGGGUUGAAGGAGUUGCCUAAGCCUUUGGAGAUGGAAGAGCUUUGUGAGAAGUGGAAACCUUAUAGGUCUGUUGGGUCUUGGUACAUGUGGAGGUACAUGGAAGCCAAGGGGGUCUUGUAGCCCUCCGAUUUGGCUGUUGUGAGUUCUGCACUAUGGUUCUCUUGCUAUACUCAUCUUUCUUGGCGCUGAGCAUAUGAGCAGACCUCUAUUGUCUUCUUAAUUUGGCUUUCCUUCCCAAACUUGACCUUCUGUACCUGGUUAGCAUCCUAGCCUAUUACCAACCUCUUGUUGCUCAAUACAGAAGCAGUCGUCCUCAAGUAAUAAACGGUUAGUUAUGGCUUUGGUACAGAAGUGUGGUUUUGCAAUAAAGAUGUGUUAUUUGCUACUGUUGUACAUUGCUGAAGUGAAAUGAAUAAUAGUCUAUGGCAUUGUAAAGAUUCUCCUAUAGUGAAAUUACAUCAUCUGGGCGUCUUGUCAUCA